AGCUAUAAGCGCACUGAAGAGCCGCCGCGCAAUGAGGACGGGAAGAUGGUUUGCAAACACCAAGAGUGCCACGGCACGUCGUUUAGUCGCAAGUGCGAUUGGAACAAACACAUGGACAAGCAUGAUCGUCCCUACAAGUGCAAUGACAAGGGCUGUGAAAAGCUCCAAGGAUUCACCUACAGUGGCGGCCUUCUUCGCCAUGAGCGCGAGGUUCACGGGAUGCACGGCAGCGCCAAAAAUUCCCUCUUCUGCCCGUCCCCUGACUGUAAACGGAGUUCAGGCGACGGAUUCACGCGGAAAGAGAACCUGGCAGAGCACCUCCGCCGUGUCCAUCGCAGAAUGUCCAUGUCAGAAGAUAUGCAUGGGCUAGCCAUCCGCCAUAACAUGGUUCGCCACGAGAUCGAAGAGUCUCCUAUCCGUGAUUCAGGCGCCUCAGAGUCAACCUACAAUCGGCUCGUGGAGUACUGCGACGAAGAGGAUAUCAGAUUGAAGCGCAAACGCGAGGACUCUGACUCUGAGAUUCCCGGCCAUCACGAUAAUGAUGAGAUGCGCUCUCAGUUGAAGCGCCUGAAACAAGAGAACAAGGAAAAGGACGCGCAGCUGAAGAUUCAGGAGCAGGAAAUUGCGGGGCUUCAACAG